ACUGUUGUACUUACCGUAGAUACAGAUUAAGGCCGUAGGUAUAAAUUGUGAAAAAAUAAUAAACACAAACCACAGACCACACACAGAGAUUAGAGGUGACACAAACAAGACUUUUCCCACGUUUUAAUUUGUGUUGGUUGGUUCCACUGUUCUCAAAACGGCCGGUACAUUUCAACCUUGCAUUCCAAUAUUCUCAAAAUUUCUGAACUUUCAACAUCCUCAUCGUGGUACGAAUGCAAAAUUCGCAAAUUAUUUUGAGAGGAACGGAAUACUUUGAAAAUGUUUUAAAUACAUAAUACCAUGGGUUGGCAGCGCUCACAGCAUGGCCGGUGAAUCCUGCACUCCAUUGGCCAGUUCAAAUCUGGUACAGCCGCUCCACAAUUUGUGGGCACCUAACGUUUUUUCUUGGCGGUAAAAACCACUCAAGUGAUUUUCUUGCUUAUUUUCGUGUAAAAAUGUCUCAUUUAAUGAGAAUUUUACGUGCCGAUGAGCGCGAGCGCGCAUCUCAAGACACCCGAGCCACCAGCACACCUCAGAGUGGGUCCCCCAAUGUCUCUUCCCCAAGUAUUUCCACCAUUUCAAGGGGAGAAGAACCGAUGGGAGAUGAAAACAACAACGAUAAUACCACAAGUGGAACUAUCGAUUACGGAACAUCAUCUCCGUCCGAAUCUCCUUCAGAAGCUUCGAUCAUUAGAGAUCGAACUGUAAAACCUCUCAAAUGGGAGAAUUUCUGGAGCGCCUUGAAACCAAAAAAUGAAGAGAGCCUUUAUUUUAAAAUAAUGACUCAACCUGACCAGUUAGAAAGCAUCGCAAUUGAGCUGAUGGACGCCUACAAGUCCAAUAAAGAAACUGCUAUUAUUUCCAUUCUCCAGCUUUUUGUCGACCUGAGUGGUUACAAAAAGUUAUCAAUUGGCGCAGUUUACGAUUUUGAGCGGGAAAAUGCAAGUCAAGUCGUCCAGCAAAUGCAGUAUGACUUACUGGAGGAAGAACUUAAAAAUACCGGAAAAUUCCUCUUUAUGAAACCAACAAGUUUUGCAAAGGGCGCCGAACAGAUUCUUGCCCAGUUUUUGGACCAUUUAUUAAGCCAAGCACUCAAGUCUCAAGUCUUAUUUGACGAAGUUUUUGCACCACACGUCUUCCAAUUCGUUAAGUGUAUGUGCUUCAGCAGAAUGAGUGGUCCCUACGUCACUGGCCUUCUGCUAGUAAUAAAUAUGAUAACGUCGUUUUUGAAACUGCACCAACAAAUAAUUGCUUCAAGGAACGACAUUGAUUCGAAAAGUUCGGCAAUACAAAAAGAUAUCGAAAACCACAUUGACUUUCUUUACCUAAUUUUUGACAAACAGUGUUUCAUAGCUGAUAAAAGAUGGGCUCUCGUUAAAAUAAGGGCAAGUCAGGAGUUGUUUCAUUGGACGCGCUUCUACCCCGACAUCUUCAUACUGAAACGUCGUUGUUUAGGGCCCUUAAUGAAAAUGAUUUUAAACCAGAACGAACUGGUCCGCUUGGCGGCUCUAACAACCGUUGAAAAACUGAUACGUUGUGAGGAAAUUUCAACCGUACUGAAACAACGAAUUGAAAUAUGCUUGAAACUUGUCUCAGGUCGAUUUGUUGAUGUCAGUUCUCAAGUGGCUGUAAAAGCAGCAAAUAUCUUCACCGCAGCCACUGAGAGCUUCCUGGACAAAAUCAGCGAGGAAUAUAAGAAGAAACUGGUUCAGGAGAUCUUUCACAAAGACAUAACUUUGGGUAAAGCAGCCGGGAGAUUUCUAGUAACUUAUCUUCGCCGACAAAACAGCAAUGGGGAACAACUUUUACUCUCACUUGUUGUAACAGCAUUCUCAAAACGGGAGUUUUUAGAACAACUUCCAGUUUUUCUCGAAUCAGUUUUUGAGUUUGCCGAUGAGUUGAAAGACUGGCCGUUGUUUGUACAAGUGUUACUAAACGAAGACAUUCGUCAAGGUGCCAAAACAGCUCUUAUUAAGAUUUUAAACGAGUGUGCGAGGUACGUCCUCACUGGGAAAUUUUCCUACUCCAGACAAGUAAAACAAGGACCACGGAACGAUAAUGAACAUAUUAACUUAGCAAAUGCCAUAAUCCCCCAUUUCACACAAUUGCUAAUUGCGUUUCAAAGCGAAAAAGUGAGUUUGCAAAAACUAAUUGAACUGUUGUCUUUUAUGGACAGUAGUGUUUGUCGUGAUGAUAACUUGGACGAUGAAUUUAAUAACAUUUUUUCAAUAUUAAAAAAAAUGUUUAUGGCAACUAUUGAUCGAACCUUGCUUCAAAAUAUAACAAACGUGUUUGCUGUUUUCGGUUGCAAUGACAGGGUUGAAAGUUUAAAAACAUGGAUCAAGUCCCUAUCCGAGGAUCUCAUGCAAAUGUCUCCCGAUUGUGACAAAUCGUUGCUGAAACAAAUAAGGGAAAAGACUCUGAAAGCUUCAAUCCUGUUUUCGCGCUUUGACUUGAUAACAGUUCUCCGAUGGCAAGACAUUUGGCAAGUUUGGGAAACCAACUUCAAGCUGCUCAAAUAUUUGGUAGUUUGUUGCAAAUGGCACUUGAUUUGGCGUUUACGCCAAGUUAUGCGCCUUCCUAAAAGUAGCAAUGGAAGUAAUGGGAGCGAACCCACUGACCUCCACCUCUACAUUGACUGCAAAGCGUUUGCUUAUGGAUGUUUGGAAAUGCUUGAGCGCGAGAAGCCAAGUCCAGACUUAUUCCUGGUAUUGGAAACUUUUUGUGACCUUUAUACCGAUUUUGACACCGAACUUAAACGAAAACGCGAAUAUUCUCACUUUGUGAUCGGAAUUACUGAGCCCACGGGUUUGCAAAUUCUAUUUAACUUCGUAACACAGCACGUGAUUGAGAAUAGGGAGAUGCCUUUGAAACAACGCCAGAAUCUGCUAAGGAAAGUAAUCAACGUUUUGAAUUUGAAUAUAGUGCCCUUUGAAUAUCUUUCAAAGAUAUUGCGUUUCUAUCAUACGCAUUACGCCGACUUUGGUUACUUGAUGGACCACCUCUUUGGCCAAUUGAAAGCAACCCCUCCUGCGCUAUCUUUAAUAAUUAUGCAUACAUUGGCCGAAAUUUAUCAGGAAAUACUGAAGACACGACAGACUGUUGAUCUUCAGACUGAACAAGCGGGAUUCUUAAAACACUUAGCCAAAAAAUUCGCUUCUAUUAAAGAAAUGAAGUCGAAUAAUGACAGUCUCAAGUUUAUUACACAAGCCCUAAACUUCUCUUUCCGAACCCAACAACAUUAUCCCUUCUUGUACUUCGCAAGGUAUUUUGCAAAACAUUUAAGUGAAGAUGGAAAAAACGAAGCGUACGAAUUAUUUACAAAAUCGGUUCCUAAAGAAACAACACAGAACGAGAUAGUCUUGCUGUUUGGAAGAACUCUCAAAUGAGUAGAUAAGUUCUUUGAUAUUUAUUCGUCAACUAAUGUUUUAAUACGUGUU